AUGGCCACCAAAGCCGCGACCAAACGAUUGACAAAGGAAUACCAGCAUAUUCAACAACAUCCUCCCCCAUAUAUCGUUGCCCAUCCCUCCGAAUCAAACAUCCUAGAAUGGCAUUACAUCCUCACCGGUGCCCCCAAUACACCAUACGAAGGCGGUCAAUAUUGGGGUUCACUGGUAUUUCCGCCUGAUUACCCUUUUGCACCACCCGCGAUCCGAAUGCACACUCCCAGUGGACGAUUUCAGCCUUCUACCCGACUAUGUUUGAGCAUAAGUGACUUCCAUCCCAAGUCGUUCAACCCUGCGUGGUCCGUGUCUACAAUUUUAAUCGGGCUCAUGUCAUUUAUGAACAGCGAUGAGAUGACGGCGGGAAGUAUUGGGGGGACACCAGCGGAGCGGAAAUGGUAUGCGGCUAGAUCAAGAUGGUGGAAUUCAACAGGCGGCGGAUCGGCUUCCAGACCUGUUCCGGGCAUUCAUGCGACUACGAAAGGAGUGGGAAACAUCCGAGCUGGAGAUGGCGGAGUCAAGUUCAGAGCCGAAUGGCCAGACGAAGACAAGGAGAACUGGGCAUGGAUUUCUCAACAUCGCAUUGACCCCAUCACCGGGCGAAUGCUUCCGGAGGUGGAGGGUGAAAACGUGAACUGCUCGCCAGAGACAAAAGCAUUGCGUCGGAUACUGGGAGGCAGCACCACCGGAGUUGGAGCGGUAGUUCAAGGUGGCCAGGCUGCUCGAAAUGCCGGUCAGGGCUGGAUCUGGAGACACAGAAUAUGGAUCGUGGCAGGCUGCUUGGUCUUGUAUUUCAUGCUUGCGAGAAUCUUCGGUGAGGGUGACAGACUUUCAUGA